UUGAAUACUAUGUCUCAACGGGGAAAGUAUGGAAAGUGGAGCGAGACGAGCAUGCAAGAAGCCCUUAAUGCCUAUGAAAAUAAUGUUGCCGGUUUAAAUGAAAUCGCUAGGAGAUAUAAAGUUCCUAAAGCUACUCUGAAACGUAGAAUUGACGAUACAAACAAAAAUGUGCAUGGAUGCGAAAAAAAAUUCGGACGUUCUACGGAUCUUCCCCUAGAAAUUGAAAAUGAAAUAGUUAACCAUGUAUUGGAGCUAGAAAGAAGCUUGUUUGGAAUCACUCGCAAUGAUUUGCGAAAACUUGCCUAUGAUGUCGCCGAAGCUAAUGGGAUUUUACAUAGAUUUAAAAACGGUAAAGCCGGCAAGAAAUGGUAUUACUGCUUUAUGUCCAGGCAUAAAGAGCUAUCUCUUCGACAACCAGAGCCUACUUCAGCAGCGCGGGCUACAGGUUUCAACAAAGAAAAAGUCAAGGCUUUUUUUGAUUGCCUUACUUCUCUCUAUAAUGAGUACAAUUUCAGUCCAUCUUGCAUUUAUAAUGUAGACGAGACUGGCCUCUCUACGGUUCAGAGGCCUCAAAAAAUUAUUGCACAGAAAGGAAAACAUCAAAUAGGAGCACUUACGAGCGGAGAGCGAGGUGUAAAUACGACAUGUGUCUGUUGUUUGAACGCUGCUGGCAAUUACGUACCGCCAAUGCUUAUUUUCAAGCGCAUUAGAUUUAAAGAUGAACUGAAGGCAGGCGCCCCUCCAGGAACAGAAUUUGCAUGUUCAGAGUCAGGUUGGAUAACUAGUGAGCUGUUUGUUAAAUGGUUGCAACAUUUUAUUAGUUUUGCGAAACCAUCUACUGAUAGGAAAGUUCUCUUAAUACUGGAUGGGCACACCACUCACACAAAAAACCUAGAGGCCAUUUUACUUGCCAGAAAGCAUGGAAUUGUAAUGCUGUCCCUACCAUCUCACACAACACAUCGACUGCAACCCUGUGACGUCUCUUUUUUCAAGCCCCUAAACUCGUAUUACAAUCAAGCCGCUGAUAAAUGGCUUCGUACAAAUCCAAGCCAAAAUAUAACCCAGUUUCAGGUAUCGGCGCUUCUUGGGGAAGCAUAUGCUAAAGCAGCAUCUGUUGGGAAUGCUCUAAGUGGAUUUGCCAAAUGUGGAAUAUGGCCGUUGGACCCAAAUGUGUUUGAUGAUAGCGAAUACGUUUGUCUAUCUACCAGUACUAGUAGUACCACUUCGUUUAAAAAUCAAGUAAACUCGGAGAUAACCGAAGAAGUGAUUCAGAGCGCUUCACAGUUGACUAACAUUGAUUAUUCCAAUCCACUUGCAUCCACUUCAACAUCCUGUUUGCUAAACACAAAAGGUAAAUCAAGUAGCGAGCUGCCCAAAAGGAAAUCUGUUUCCGAAGUAUCACCUGUGCCCAUUUUGAAAAGAAAAUCGCGUAACCUGGCCUUGUCUUCUACUACAAUUAUUACAGAUAGUCCAUACAAGAACGAUCUUGAAAAAAAACAACUCAAAAAAAUUGAUGCUUCUUCAGCCACCAGAAAUGUAUUUUCUUCUGCAAAAGCUACCAGUAAAGGAAAGUCGUCCAAACUCGAUAACAAGAGACCUAUUACAAAGAGACGAAGUCUACAACAUGGAACGUCAAGCGAAUCUGAAUCGGAGGACGAAGAUUGUCUAUGCCUUGUUUGUUUAUUUCCAUAUUCUAAAUCGAAUCCAGGCGAAGAAUGGAUUCAAUGUAGGAUUUGUAAAAAAUGGUCGCAUCUUAAAUGUAUCAAUGGAAAAAAUGUUAAUUUCUAUGAAUGUAUCAACUGUGAAUCAUCAUCAGAUAGCGACUAA